AGAUGAGCUUCAUCCCAUGUUCAACUUAAACCUUCCUAAUCCAUUCUUCUCCUAAGUCCUACUUCAUAUUCCAACUUCUGUACUUCCUUGCAUCCAAAUACUUUUGUAAUGGCACUCACUUUUAUUUCCUCACUAUCCAUUAAAUCCUUAACCACAUCUUCUCCAAAUCCAAAGGCUCCCCCAAUUCGUCUGCAAUCCCUCUCCAACAAGCCCUUUUCACUGGUCUGCCAAUUAGAUCCUGAGAGACACCAUUUUCAUGAUUGUUCCAGCAAGCAAUGCAAGACAGUUAAUGAAGAUUCGAAGAAAUGGAGAAGCAUUGUUUCAGCAGCAAUGGCAGCUGCAGUUAUUAGCUUUAGCUCUGGCAUGCCCGCCAUUGCUGAUCUCAAUAAGUUUGAAGCUGACACACCUGGUGAAUUUGGGAUUGGAUCAGCUGCCCAAUUUGGUUCUGCAGACCUCAGGAAAGCUGUACAUGUGAAUGAAAAUUUCAGAAGAGCCAAUUUCACUUCUGCGGAUAUGAGGGAAUCUGAUUUCAGUGGUUCAACAUUCAAUGGUGCAUACCUUGAGAAAGCAGUCGCAUAUAAGGCAAAUUUUGCAGGUGCAGAUUUGAGCGACACAUUGAUGGAUCGUAUGGUCCUUAAUGAUGCUAAUCUCAAAGAUGCAGUGCUUGUUAGAUCAGUUCUCACCCGAAGCGAUCUUGGGGGUGCCCUCAUUGAAGGUGCUGACUUCAGUGACGCCGUCUUGGACCUCCCCCAGAAGCAGGCUCUUUGCAAGUAUGCAAGUGGGACGAACCCAACAACAGGGGUGAGCACAAGAGCAAGCUUAGGUUGUGGGAACAGUCGACGAAACGCUUAUGGCACUCCCUCUUCCCCUCUGCUAAGUGCUCCCCCUCAGAGACUGCUUGAUCGGGACGGAUUCUGUGAUCAAGGCACUGGUCUUUGUGAUGUAAAAUGAUUCCAAGGCAUGGUAAUUAGUUUUACCAACAUCAUUGAUCGCAUACGAUAAACGUGUGUAGAUAUGUAUGAGGGAUAAAAGAAAAUGCAGAACCAAAACUACCUGUACAUCCUUAAAGCCUUAACUAUGAAACACAUCUGAAACAGAAGGAAUCAGUUGUUGAUUAUGAUCAUAUCUUGAGUAAUGUAUUGAUGAGAAAAGUUUUCCAAUGCUUCUGUUGCAAUUGAAGUAUCAUGAUCAGUGCUA